AUGACUCAAAGAACUACUACAACUGCAACUGUUACCAGUUUAGCUCGUGGAUCUAUCUCAGGUAGAUUCAGACCAUGUGAUGACUGUACCUGUUCUCCAGGUUUAUUAUCAAGACAAGGUAGAAGAGCAUCCUUAUUUUUAAGACAGAUUGAAAGUAGUCGUAGAAAGACACAUUCUCAUAAAAGAAACUCUAUCGCUGGUCUUGAUAAUGCCUCCAUCUAUUCUUCUGAUUCUUUAUGUCAAUCUAAUAAAGAAGUUAACACAAGUCAAAGAUUACAUGCUUUACGUUCAGAGAUGGAGAAACAUGAUCUAGCGUGUUAUAUUGUACCAAGUGAGGACGAACAUCAAUCUGAAUAUGUCGCAGCUAUUGAUCAAAGAAGAAGUUUCAUAUCUGGAUUUUCAGGUUCUGCAGGUAUUGCAUGUAUAACUAGAGAUCUAUUGAAUUUCAAUACGGGACAUCAUGAAGGUAAAUCUGUACUAAGUACCGAUGGUAGAUAUUUUAAUCAAGCUUUACAAGAAUUAGAUUUUAAUUGGUCUUUAUUAAGACAAGGUGUCGACCAAACAACUUGGCAAGAAUGGUGUAUUAAGGAAUGUCAAGAUAUGUCUGAAGGUUUGGGUAAUAAAGAAGUUAAAAUUGGCGUUGAUCCAAAGUUAUUCAGUUAUCAUCAAAUUAUUCAAAUACAAAAAUUGAUUAAUGUCAAAUUAGCUGAAUCUAAAGCUAAUGUCAUUUUAAUUCCAAUCAAAGAUAAUCUAAUUGAUGCCAUUUGGAAUGAAUUUGAAGUGGUUCCGGAAAGAGAAACGAAUGAGUUGUUGAUGUUACAUUAUGAAUUCCAUGGUGAAGAAUUCCAAUCUAAACGAGAUCGUUUGAUGAAAAGUCUGCAAGAAAAAUAUGCAACUACUGAUAAUACUAAACACACUUUUGUAGUUGUCGCAUUGGAUGAGAUUUGUUGGUUAUUGAAUCUACGUGGUUCUGAUAUUGAAUAUAAUCCAGUCUUUAAUGCAUACUUGUUAAUGAAUGACGAUGGUGAAACCAUUUUGUUUUGUGAUAACCCUACUAGUGGAGAUAUUAAAAUAUUCUUUUCCGAAAAUGGUAUUACUGUGAAACCUUAUAAUGAGAUUUGGGGAUUCCUUGAUAUUUAUACAAAUGGAUUACAAUCUCAAUCAAAUGGAUCUGACGAAAAUUAUUCUAUUUUCCUACCUGAUACCUCCUCAUGGCAAAUAGUCCGUUCUGUUGAAAAUAUUCCAUAUAAGAUCAUCCACUCUCCUAUUGAUUUCUUUAAAUCUGUAAAGAAUGAUAUCGAGUUGGGUAAUGCGCAUAGAGCACAAGUUAAGGAUGCUCUGUCUAUCAUACAGUACUUUUCCUGGUUAGAACAACAAUUAGUUGAAAAGGAAGCCUUAAUAGAUGAAUAUAAAGCAGGUGAAAAGUUGAUUGAAAUUAGGAAAGCACAAAAGCAUUAUAUGGGUAAUUCAUUUGAAACUAUAUCAUCCACCGGUGCUAAUGCUGCAGUUAUUCAUUAUGCUCCACCAAAGGAAAAUUCCUCUAUGAUUGAUCCAUCAAAGAUCUAUCUAUGUGACACUGGUUCUCAAUUCUUAGAAGGUACGACGGAUAUUACAAGGACGUUACAUUUCACAAAACCUACACAGGAACAAAUAGACAAUUACACAGCUGUUUUGAAGGGUAAUUUAGCUAUAGAAAGGCUCGUGGUUCCUGAGGGCACUACUGGUUAUAGUAUUGAUGCUAUUGCUAGACAAUUCUUAUGGGGAAGAGGAUUGGAUUAUAGACAUGGUACUGGGCAUGGUAUUGGUUCGUUCUUAAACGUCCAUGAGGGACCUAUUGGUAUUGGAUUUAAACCACAUUUAGCCAAUUUUCCAUUACAAGUAGGUAAUAUUAUUAGUAAUGAACCUGGUUAUUACAAAGAUGGUGAAUAUGGUAUUAGAAUUGAAAAUGAUAUGGCUGUUAAAAGAGCAGAAGGUUUACACUUUGGUGACCGUAAAUUUUUAAAGUUCGAAAAUAUUACGUUAGUACCAUACUGUAAGAAAUUAAUCAACGCAAAGAUGUUAACCACAGAAGAAUUAGAACAAAUAAAUGCAUACCAUUCAAGAAUCUGGAAUACUUUAGUUCAAUCUCUUCAACCUCAAAGUAUUACUUUCAAAUGGUUAAAGGAAGAAGUGAGACCAUUGUGA